AUGCGGACUCCUCAACUUCCAGAAACACGGCUUCUUCCUACAACAGCAAGUCGAAAUUCCCUCCCAACCCCCCCCCUGGGCUACCGAAGCAGAGGAUUGGUCGGCACCUUCAACGGUGCCUCGGUCGGCACCUUCAACGGUGCCUCGGUCGGCACCUUCCCCGGUGCCUCGGUCGGCACCUUCAUCGGUGCCUCGGUCGGCACCUUCAUCAGUGCCUCGGUCGGCACCUUCCCCGGUGCCUCGGUCGGCACCUUCAUCGGUACCUCGGUCGGCACCUUCAUCGGUACCUCGGUCGGCACCUUCAACGGUGCCUCGGUCGGCACCUUUACCGGUGCCUCGGUCGGUACCCAGAUCGGUACUUAG